CCCUUUCUCUCUCUCUCUCUCUUCUGGCUGGCCCGCGUAAAGGCGACGCCUUUUUCUUCGAUCCAUUAAUUUAUUCUUACUAUUCUUAUCCCUCCUUUCCAUCCCCAUCGGGAUUGGCUUUCGAGUUUUGCAAAAACAGAGAAGCCACGCAUGAAUGGAUGAAUGAAUAAUAUCUGGGGAAUCGGUAUUUUAUUACACUAGUUGAAUAAUAUCUGCAGUGCCGGAUUUUGGGUUCGAGUGUUUUAUUUCAUUAAUUUCAUUUCAUGGUACAAGAACAAAGACCUCCUCCCUCCUCCUCCUACUCCAUUGCUGCUUCAGUACCAGUCAGCUCAUCUGGGCCCUACAAACUAUUUUGCCGCAUCCAUUUCUCACCGCCUGCCAAAAGCCCUUUUCAUCAAUUUUAGAAAUUGCAUGCACCACUCCCUCGCUCGCUCGGUCGGUGCAUCGCCCCCAAUUUUUCCAUCUGUGAUUUCGACGGUUACACUUACACUCUCGUACUCAAGUCUCUCCUUGCUCGGAGCGAGUAUCGAUCGCGGAGGCGAGAGGUUAAUUUUGGAGCAAUUCACUUCAAUUUUGGGCAGUUAUUUCAUCUCAGGGUGCUAUAGAUCACAGUACGAAGCUUAAUCCGGAUUUCUGAUUUGGCAACAAAAAGAGAAGCAACCUGCACCUCUUAAAAAUGGGAGUGUCAAAUUCUAGAUUGGAAGAAGAUCAAGGUUUGCAGCUUUGUCGAGCAAGAAAGAAGUUUAUCAAACAAGCACUUAAUGGCAGAUGCUCUCUCGCCGCAGCUCACAUUGCAUAUAUAGAAGAGUUGAGGAAUGUAGGAGCUGCUCUAAGGAAUUUUACAGAAAUCGAUCUUCAUGCCGAAUCUGCUGUGCAUCUUUCAAGAAGUCCAACGCCUGGGCCGCAUUCCAUGGUAGAUAAUCCAGGCUCCCAGUUAUCUUUAUCCCCUCUAUCUCUAUCACAUGCUGCUGCAAAUACACCACCGUCUUCUUCAACUCCUGUUACAAGUAAAUAUCAAUCACACCGCAUGAAAUUCAGAGGUGCGUUUUCUAGGAAAGUAGAAGAAAAGCCUCCAGCUCCUGUUGCAGUAUCAGUUUCUUCGACUACUCCUCCGAACAUGACUCCUCUCUCCACUGAAGUACCUGAGGAAUCAUCUUUUGGAACGCCUGUUCCGCCAGAAACUCCUCCAUGGGAUUAUUUUGGGCUUUUUCAUCCGAUAGACAAUCAGUUCGCUGCACAAGAAGGUAGGGAAUUUGACCACGGAUCUGAAUUUUCUGGCGAUACAAGACAUCCGACUGCAGGGGAGGGAGUUUCUCAAACAGAUGUGGAAGGGAUUUUGUCCUCUCAUGGUAUUGAGGAAUCUCAGGGUUCUGAAGAUGAAUUUGAUGAACCCUCUUCAGAUACCCUUGUUCGGAAGUUUCGAAAUGUCAACAGGACAAAAGAUAAUAUAUUGGAUGGAAAUUCACCGGUUAUCUCUUCAGAGAGUAGAGCAUCUGAUCCCAAUAAUGCAAAUGUGAAUGAAGCGGAUGCAAAUCACGAGAGUGUUCGCUCACCUAUUAAGCCAACUGAGGUUUUCGAAGCAGAAAGCAAGUCAGCUGAUGAGAAUAAAAAUCCUUCUCCUGCUUUAUCACCACUACGGGCAACAUCGUCAAGAUAUUUGCACUAUAAUGAUGUGAAGAUAACACCGAUUGAGCAAGAUGAAGUUGAAGAUAGUGCACCUAAGAACUUCUAUUCAAGCAUGAAAGAAAUUGAACAGUUAUUCGUUAAAGCUUCUGAAUCAGGAAAGGAAGUGCCCCGGAUGCUUGAAGCAAAUAAAUUCCACUUCCGUCCGGUUGUUCCUGGGAGUGAACGAGGAUCGGUUGCUUCAGCUAUAUUGAAAUCUUGUUUUUCUUGCGGAGAGGAUCCAAGUGAGGUUCCAAAAGAACCACCUCAAAAUUCUGUCAAGUACUUGACUUGGCACCGGACCACAUCAUCGCGCUCAGCUUCAUCUCAGAACCUUAUGGGUCUCAACGCAAGUGAUGGUCCCGAAGAGAGCAGCACCAAUCUCUUCGACAACUUCUGUAUGGUCUCGGGAAGUCACGCCUCCACCCUCGACCGGCUUUAUGCAUGGGAGAAGAAGCUUUACGAUGAAGUCAAGGCUGCCCAGGUAUUGCGAACCAAUUUCGACACCAAAUGCCGACUUCUUCGACAGCAAGAAUCGCGCGGAGAGCAGACUGACAAGACGCGCGCCGUUGUCAAGGAUCUUCACACAAGGAUCAAAGUCGCCAUCCACCGGAUCGACUCCAUCUCGAAGAAGAUCGAAGACAUCAGAGACAAGGAGCUUCAACCACAGCUCGAGGAAUUAAUUGACGGAUUGAAGAAGAUGUGGGAAUCAAUGGUUGAGUGCCACAACCUUCAAUUCCACAUAAUUUCCGUCUCCCAUGCCCCUAGUGGCACAAGAAUCACGAUCCACACGGACUCCCGGAGGCAGGCCACCGUGUACCUUGAGCACGUCCUCAGCUGCCUAGCAUCCGCGUUCACAAAAUCGAUCAAUGCCCAGAUGCUGUACGUCGAAGCCAUCAACAAGUGGCUCUACAAAUGCGUGACCGUCCCUCAGAACAAUUUGAAGCGGAACAAGAUGAGGCUGCCGCCGAUCCAAGACUUAGGCCCGCCCAUAUACAUGCUGUGCGCGUCCUGGCUGAACCUGAUCGAGAAACUGCCGACGAAACAGGUCGUCGACUCCAUGAAGGACCUCUCGGCCGAAGUCGCACACUUCCUGCCCCGUCAGGAGAAGAAAAGCAAUGACGGCGUCGUUAUGACGAGGGACGAGGCCUCGGAGGACUGGAUCCCUGCCCUGGACCGUUUCCGGACGAACCUGGCUGCUUUUCUGGGACAGAUGAAUAACUUCGCGGAGUCGUCGGUUAGGAUGUUCGACGACCUUCAGAACGCGAUUCUGGACGCGAAAAAUAGCCAUGAACAGUUCAAAUUGCAGCAGCAGCAGCAACGGGGACGAGCUGUGUAAGUUUAUCAGCUCAAAACAAAUUUUGAAAGAAAAUUUGAUUAUUUACAGAUAUAUGAAUUUGUGGGUGAAGAAAAUUAAGGAAGUGACAGAUGAGAAUAAAUGGUGAUGGUACAGAAUGGAAAUUUUUAGAGACAGUGUCUUGUAUAUUCAUUUAUUUUUAUUAUUAUUAUUAUUAUUAUUGAUGUAGUGACUUUUGGAGGAAUUAUUGACUGUAAAAUAGUUAUAGAUAAAGUUGCACAAGUAAUGAACUAUGUAUGGACAAGUUUGUGUAAUUGGAUAUCUUCUCUCCCUUGGUGUAUUUUGUUUGCUACUCUCUCAAUCUGCCUUAUUGGUUC